GUUCUGUUUUAAUUCUGCUGUUUUAUAUUCGUUUCUCUUGCAAUGGAACAUUCAAAGGUCUUACCUUUGCUCUUUCUUUCAUGGGUUAUGAUGUUCUUACAAAGCACCCAUCAACUUCAAAACUCUCAGACUCAGGUCCUGUAUCAGCUCAGGAAGCAUCUGGAAUUCCCUAAAGCUCUGGAAUCUUGGGGAAAUUACUAUGGAGACUUAUGUCAAAUCCCUGCAACUGCUCAUAUGAGCAUCACCUGUCAAGGUAAUUCCAUCACGGAGCUUAAAGUUAUGGGGGACAAGCUUUUUAAACCAUUUGGUAUGUUUGAUGGGUCUUCACUUCCAAAUCACACUCUGUCUGAAGCAUUCUUAAUUGAUUCUUUUGUUACCACAUUGACAAGGCUUACAAGCUUGAGGGUUCUUAGCUUAGUGUCUCUAGGUAUCUAUGGUGAGUUCCCAGGGAAAAUCCAUCGGUUGAAUUCUCUUGAGUACUUGGAUUUGAGUUCGAAUUAUCUGUUUGGUUCUGUCCCUCCUGAUAUUUCAAGAUUGGUUAUGCUUCAAAGUCUGAUGCUUGAUGGAAAUUACUUCAACGGCAGUGUUCCUGACACGUUGGAUUCCUUGACCAAUCUUACUGUUCUUAGUUUAAAGAACAAUCGGUUCAAAGGUCCAUUUCCUUCUUCAAUUUGCAGAAUUGGAAGACUAACAAAUCUUGCUCUAUCACACAAUGAGAUUUCUGGUAAAUUGCCUGAUCUUAGCAAGUUAAGUCAUCUGCAUAUGCUGGAUCUGAGAGAAAACCACUUGGAUUCUGAACUACCUGUGAUGCCUAUAAGAUUAGUUACUGUUCUACUGAGUAAGAACUCCUUCUCUGGCGAAAUUCCCAGACGUUUUGGCGCUUUGUCUCAGCUUCAGCAUCUUGAUUUGUCGUUCAAUCAUCUCACUGGAACUCCAUCUCGGUUCUUGUUCUCUUUGCCAAACAUUAGUUACUUAGACUUGGCAUCUAACAAGCUCAGUGGGAAGCUACCACUUAAUCUGACCUGUGGAGGCAAACUUGGAUUUGUGGAUUUGUCGAAUAACAGAUUAAUUGGGACUCCUCCCCGUUGCUUGGCAGGAGCUUCCGGCGAGCGAGUUGUUAAACUCGGUGGAAACUGCUUGUCCAUAAUUGGCAGUCAUGAUCAGCAUCAAGAGUUCUUAUGUGAAGAGGCUGAAAAUGAGGGAAAACAGUUCCAAGGAAGAAAGGUUGGGAUUUUGAUUGCUGUAAUUGGUGGAGUGCCGCAAACUCGGCUUAAGGUUGUGACAGAUAAUUCACACACCAGUCUCUCCUCUGAAGUUCUUGCUAGUGCAAGGUUAAUCUCUCAAACAGCAAAGCUAGGAGCACAAGGUGUGCCCUCAUGCCGGUCAUUUUCUUUUGAAGAGUUAAAGGAAGCCACAGACGAUUUUGAUUCAUCACGUUUCUUAGGUGAAGGCUCCCUUGGAAAGCUAUACAGAGGAACACUGGAAAAUGGAAGUUCCAUAGCUAUCAGAUGUCUGGUUUUAUCAAGGAAAUUCUCCAGCCAGAGUAUCAGAGGUCACUUGGAUUGGAUGUCAAAGCUCAACCAUCCUCAUCUCCUUAGCUUCUUGGGCCAUUGCACUCAAACCAGCGGAGAACACGAUCCUGUUGCAACCAUACUCUACCUUGUAUACGAGUAUAUGCCCAACGGGAGCUAUCGCACACAUCUAUCAGAAUCUUUCUCGGAGAAGAUCCUGACAUGGCCAGAUCGGCUAGCAAUUCUGAUUGAGAUAGCAAAGGCAGUUCAUUUUCUUCACACUGGUGUAAUGCCUGGUUCAUUCAACAAUCAUCUGAAGACGAACAACAUUUUGCUUGACGAACAUAAGAUUGCAAAGCUCAGUGACUACGGAGUCUCUGCCAUCAUUGAAGAGAACGAAAAGCUCGAGACAAAGUCAGAAACCCACAAGUCAAAGAAAAUGGCUAAAAGAGAGGACGAUGUGUACAACUUCGGAUUCAUACUUCUGGAAUCUCUGAUAGGACCAGUGCCCACUACAAAAGGAGAGGCUUUUCUUCUCAAUGAAAUGACAUCAUUUGGGAGCCAAGACGGUCGGCAGAAAAUUGUAAGUCCAACAGUCCUAACAACAAGCUCGCAGGAAUCUUUAUCGAUUGCGAUCUCAAUCGCCAACAAAUGCGUUUUGCUUGAACCGUCAGCAAGACCUUCCUUUGAAGAUGUUCUCUGGAACUUACAGUAUGCAGCUCAAAUGCAGUCUGCUGCAGACGCUGAACGCAAAUCUGAUACGUCGUCGUGAGUCCAAAGGCUAACCUAAUGAUUGAUAGUUUUUUCGGGUUUUUUAAAUGUAAAGUUUUAUAAGUUUGGUUUUUCAGUAUAAAAAUGUAAGACUCUU